ACUCCGUGCUUUCCACCUUCUUCGCAUUUACAGUUAAAGUCGAGCCACAGAGUCUGCAGUUGCGAUGCCAAAACGACCAGCGGCGCCCUUUGGCGCAGUUGCGGCCCACUACUCCGCCCUGCCUCAGCCCCCAAAAGACGAAUUUCACUGAAAAACAAUUGAAAAAGUAAGAAGAAGAACAGACCCUGGACUGGGGGUGGGGGUGGAACAGCUGUUCGUCUGGAAACGGCAUUUGGGCACUGGCUUCAGGAUUCUGGCGUCUGGUGCGUGUGCCGUGGGGAAUGUGAUUCACCUCUGCCUGUACCAUCCUGCUGUUCUCGCCAGGAGCCAGGAGCACAUUGGGCCGCAUCUCGACCGAGUACAGCGAGGGGAACGGAACCACGACGACGAGCGGAUACCCUUCGUGCGAUGCGUGCGAUGCGCACGCCUUAAUCUACUGACCAGCAACAUCUACUAGUCCGAUACGGAGGCUCAUCUCAUCGAGGUCGCCCGCCUGGAUGGCAGCAGUCGGCAUGUGCUCUUGUGGAAGGGAGUGGAGAAGCCGCGUUCCCUGGUCCUCGAGCCGCGUCGCGGGUACAUGUACAUGGACAGGGUCGCCUCGGGCUCCAUACGCCGUGCCACGAUGGACGAAUCCGCGCUGCAAUCAUGGCCGGGAGCUCAUAUUCGACCAGAAGACGAGACGGCUCUACUGGAUGGCAAGAAGCGUCGAAUACUGGUUGGCAGCUCGGACUACGUGUACUGGAGCGACUGGAGCACCGGGGACAUUGAUCAAGACGGGCCAGAGCCGCAGCCUCGCCAAGGACGUGCCCUGCAUCCCCCCAGCUACGCCAGACUGCCGGAAUGUGCCGUUGCCGGUGUCCGGAAAGAAUUCUUGGGCGAACUCGCAGAAGCCUGGCAACAUUGCCGUGCAUGCCAUGAAGACGAGGCGUCUGCUCUUCUCGACAGAUGUCGGCAGCCAUCUCGGGCCCGAGUCGAUGGCAAUGAGGGCGUGGAGCUGGAAGGAGUCACGGCGCUGGCCCUGGACCAACAGUACGAAGAAGUUAUAGACAUCAAUGGAAAGAACAACUAAGAUACCAUAUUGGACACCUCUGGACUCGUGAACAACAUUGCCGCCUUGGGGGAUUUAUGUACUGGCUGGACGACAAGGCCGGACUGGAGAGGAU